UAUAAAUAGUCCUACAUGACAUGUCUAGACCAAUAUAACAACAUAUUAUAACCUAUAAAAAACCCCUUCUUGAUCAAUAUUCAACAUUCUUGAUUUUCCUACAAUAUGCCCAUCAACCGUAUAGCAAUCGGAAGGGCAGAUGAAGCUACCCAACCCGACGCGUUAAAGGCGGCGUUGGCUGAGUUUAUCUCCACCUUGAUAUUCGUAUUUGCAGGUUCAGGGUCCGGUGUUGCAUUUAGCAAGUUGACUAGCGGGGGUGCUAACACCCCCGCUGGUCUCAUUGCUGCUGCUGUUGCGCAUGCUUUUGGGCUGUUUGUUGCGGUCGCGGUUGGUGCUAACAUUUCUGGAGGGCAUGUGAACCCUGCUGUCACGUUUGGUGCUUUUGUUGGUGGUAAUAUAACACUUUUACGUGGACUUUUGUAUUGGGUUGCUCAAUUGCUUGGAUCUGUCGUGGCUUGCGCACUUCUCAAGUUCUCUACUGGUGGCAUGGAGAUAGGUGCAUUCUCCUUGUCUAAGGGAGUUGGUGUAAGCAAUGCACUAGUACUUGAAAUUGUAAUGACAUUUGGACUAGUCUACACUGUGUAUGCAACAGCAGUGGAUCCAAAGAAGGGUAGUUUGGGAACAAUCGCACCAAUUGCUAUUGGUUUCAUUGUUGGUGCAAACAUUUUAGCUGGUGGGGCUUUUGAUGGGGCUUCAAUGAACCCAGCAGUUUCUUUUGGCCCAGCAGUUGUGAGUUGGAGUUGGAAUAACCAUUGGGUUUAUUGGGUUGGGCCACUUAUUGGUGGUGGGCUUGCUGGGCUUGUGUAUGAGUUGUUCUUCAUUAACCAAACCCAUGAACCGUUGCCCCAAUAAGCAAAUAUGUGGAAGUGCAAAAAUGUAAAUGAUGAAUUUUCUCUUCUUGUGUUUUACGUAUUUCACAAUUGCCCUUUGAUGUGGGAUGAACUUGGUUGUAUUGUGUGAUGUUGUUGGGGCUGGGGGUUGAGGGUAUUUAUGUAAUUGUGUGAGAGUGAGGAUUUGUCUGAGACAACCUCUCUACCUCUGAUGUCGAGGUAAGGAUUGUGUGAACUCGAUCUUCUUCACACCUCACUUGGUAGGAUUAUAUCGGUAUGCCGUUGUUGGGGUGGGGUGGAGGUGAGGGUUGGGUUGAAGGGUAUUUAUGUAAUUGUGUUGGUUCCAUGUUAUUGUUCAACUAUUUUCAUUCUAUCCUA